CUGGCUUUUUUGUGUGGUUUUUAUUUUAUUUUUUUGUUGCUGCUGCUGCUGUGUGUCAGUUUCAGCAGGAGAUUAUGAUGUCUCUCCCUGGUCACUGCCCUGCACUCUUUCUCCGCUGAAGUUGGCUUGGGGGAGGCGGUGAAGGGGGAGGAAGACGCAGAACAAGAAGUGGAGGGGGCGGCAGCAGCGCCUGCUAACUAUUAAUUGCUCCCCGCCGAACAUUGCUCCCCUUUUCCUUUCUUUCUUUUGGACACAUCUGGCUGGUUUGGCAGGAGCGCGCGGGGAGGAGGGGGGGCAGAGAAGGCAAGCGAGCAGCAGGAGCGGCCCUUUCGGAAGGCGCCCCCCGCGCGCUCACAAAAGAACCGAGCCCACGAAGAGCACGCCAAAGCGGGGCGCCGGAGGGAGGAGGCAGCCAGCCAGCCAGCCAACCAACCAGCCCGCGCCCGGGUCGGCCUGCUGCUGUGCCCGCGCCACCAUGGCCCAGGCAGGGCAGCUCAACAUCCUGGAGCCCGGCUGCCCGAUCCAGGUGGAACACGACCGCAAGAGGAGGCAGUUCACCGUCAGGCUGAACGGUUGUCAUGACAAAGCGGUCCUGUUGUACGAGUACGUGGGGAAAAGAAUAGUGGACCUGCAACACACGGAAGUACCUGAUGCCUACAGAGGAAGAGGAAUAGCCAAACAUCUGGCAAAGGCAGCCUUGGAUUUUGUGGUCGAAGAGGACUUGAAAGCCCACCUGACAUGUUGGUACAUUCAGAAAUACGUCAAGGAGAACCCACUGCCUCAGUAUCUGGAACGUUUACAGUCUUAACGCAGGAAGGCUGAAGGGCCUACACUACUUAAGACAUGGGCAUGAGCAAGCCUGGCUUCUCUAGGCGGCCCAGUGCAGCUUUUGUUUGUGGGCUGACUUGGGACCCCUACACUGCCCCCUGCACAUGCUCAAGAGUUCUUAUUUUUGUAAAGACAAACGUGCAACUCCUCAACAAUGCUUCCACCUGGCUCUUGCGAUAGCUGGUAUCACCUGGAUGUUUGUUGUUUACUUCGGCCUCCUAUCUUAAGGAAACCACCAGGUGUAAAACUAGGCCUUUGUUAGCGUUGUGGCAAUAGAGGGGUGGGCAAGCAGGCCAGGGGUCACCUCCUAAUUUUGGUUCUUCCUCCCGAAAUAAUAAGCAUCGAGCAGAAUGAUCGGAGACCAGGCACUGCUUUCCUUGCCAAUGCAGGGUUGGGGAAAGCUUGAAAUCUACAGCCCUGCAGAGGCGACAGUCUUUUUGAACAUCCAGUUAGGCCCUUAAGCACUUUUUGCUACGUUGGGAUGCCAACUAACAAUGCAAAAUAAACCAUGGCUGUCUCAGGGGUUGGACUUGGAAAGGAAGCAGGUUUUCGGUGCUAACUGCAAUAGACACGAUGCUUUAGAGACGAGAAAACUGUGUCACUCCGAUGUGCUUCUGCAGACGUGAGCAAUAUGGACUGAGUGAGACAGUUAGCAAGUGUACAUGGCGAAUUUUGUUCCCCACAACGAGGGAAUGGCGUACCUGGGUGGCCACCCAGAGGCGAAAGGUGUAAUUAAGCGAUCCAGUUCGUUUGGGAUGGAAGGCUGAAAAACGUGACUGCACAUUGGAGAAGGAAAGGGCCUGUUGUUUUCUUUUCCUUUGGGGUUUUGGUGGGAUUCUUCUUCCUCGCCCCCUUCCAGAGCUCUCCUCCUCAAGUGGCGGGCGUUUCCUCACACACAGGAGAAGCAAUAACAAGACUGAGAGUUUAACGGGUAGCAGGAGGAAGGAAGGAAACGGCAGGGCAGAGGAAGCUGUGCGAGGCAAACGAAUCCUGGGCAUUUUAACAAUAGGAAAGCCAGUCAUGAUCGGCAGCCGCUUUUUAGGGUCGCAAGUGGAGACGAGCCAAGGAAAAAGCUGCGGCAAGUAAACUUCAGCUGACUUCCUGACAGAAACGGACAGUGCAAAAAAACAGGAUUUGCUUGGCUGCCUUGGACAUAAGCAUGUGAAAGCUGUCAGAAAGAAAAGACUUGGCUUGCUCUCUGGCUUGCUCUAAGCAGCGUUUGUGUGGAUGGAGAAGUAAUUAACACUUGAACCUCAUCUCCGCAUGCCUGUGGGUUACAUGAUCGAAAAUGGCAAUACCAUUUCCCUCCUCUAGUUUUUCCAACUAUGAAUUUUGGCCUCCCCUUUCCGUCACGUUGCCCAAGCCCUGUCCCUCUGCUCCGAAGUCCUUGUGUGGGAGACAUGUACUCGACUUGAGAGCUAUUGUAGCUUUCUCAGCAAGGCGGGCUAGGUCAGGCUGCCAUGGUGACGGCAGGCCACAGGGGCUUCUCUGUUUGUUCCAGACAUUUAUCGCUUUGAAAUGCCCCCCUCUCUUGCCCGGCUUGGUUCUUCAACAAUAUAGCUGGUGGGUUUGGCAGAAAUAAGACCACGGGUCCCCGUGGUAACAUUGCUCCUUUCAACAGGAAGCUAGGUUGAUUGGUGCUUAUAUGUAUUGUAUUUAAAACAGCAGAGAACCAGUUCUGGCAUUUGUGGAGGGAAAUCCGAUGUCUUUCCACCCUCCUGACAACUCACUCACUCUCCCCCGCUCUUUGACGCACACCCCUGCCUGCUGACAUUUUUGGGUUGGAAAAUGGGUACACCUCUGCCCAUUUAAGGGCCGAAGGGAGCUAAAGCAGACGGGCAGAGGAAGCCACCAGUUUCUUACCAUUCUGUAACUACUGUCUCGUCCGCACCAUAUUUUUAAAGCACUUUUGUACCGCUUUCACAGUCGCGGAGAGUUCGGAAGAUUCUCUAGGGGAAGCCGUGGCUGUUAAAAGUGGCAUAAGAAUGCUUGAAAUGUCCGGUGUGGGUGUUGACCGUGUCGUGAUUGCCAAUCCCCUUUCCUGUUGUCUUGAUAAGAUCAACAUUUCAAUGCAGCCCUCGUGCUAGGUAUGCUGUCGGGUGUCACGUGGAAAGAACCAAGCAGUGAAUGCAAUCCUAGUCCCACUUUUUGUACACUGUGUGUGUGUGUGUGUGUGUGUGUGUGUGUAGGCAGGCAUUUAUGGCUGUCAGAAACACUGACUUCCAUCUCCUGCUCAUGUAUACCACUGUUCAACGCAGGUAGAGUUUCUGCCUAGGGUGAAUGCAGUGAAGGGUCCUUCAUUUUGAUUUCUUAAGAGAGCUUGGUGAGAUCAAGGCCAGCCAACCCUGCCUUAAAAACAAGCUCGGUAUUUUGCUAGUGCUGGAGCUUCAUCCUGAAGGUGCUACAACGAUCAUUUCAGUCUCUGGUCCACCCGAGAUGUCUUUUGAUAGUCUUUUAUUACAACACCCAAGGGUUUACUGCUGGGUCCACCCCCUUCUCUGUUCUCUGUGUUUUGAUAUUAUGUUGAAUAGCAGUGCUUGCCAGUUCCAAGCUGGAGUUUCCAGUUACUCAUCCCUUGCCACCAAGAGAUUUGCAGAAGCAACUGUGGUGGGGAGGAAACGACCUCUCUCCCUGUGUCUAAAUCAGGGAUUGAGAAUCCAUGACACUCGGGAUGUUGUUGGACUCCCAGCUCCCAUCACCUCCAGCUGACAUGGCCAAUGAUCAGGAGUGGUGGACUUAAGAGUCCGGCCACAGGUUCCCCAGUUCAAGACUAGCUUAUUUCUGUGAUGGGCCAUCUUCCUUGCAGCUUGCUAAGACCAUUGCUACGGCUUGC